AUCGUGUAAUGACAACCAGAAACGGCACAGCAAAAAUAUACACAAAUGACUAAUACAGCUCCUUCCUCUUGGCCAAAAUUUAUACAUUAAAAUCUUGAAGAAACAAAGAAAAUCCAAAAUUCUAUAUGGCUUUAUUGAUAUCAUGCAGACCAUCUGUUUCUAAUAUCAGUUUCCCUUUUAUAGUUAAAAGAACAUCUUCUAAUAAAUCUACAAAAAUGGUUUUUUUCAGUAACAAUAUUAGUUGCAGUGCCACGUCAUCAUCAACAAUGGUAGCUAAAAGAAAGUUUCCAAUAUUGCUUUUUGAUGUUAUGGAUACUAUUGUUCGUGACCCUUUUUACCAUGAUGUCCCUGCCUUUUUCAGAUUUUUUAUUCAGAAUGCCAAUGAAGGAAUUGCUGGAAUGCAAGCAUCCAACUGCCUGGAUUGAGUUUGAAAAGGGUCUUAUCUCUGAGGACGAGUUGAGUAGGAAAUUCUUCAUGGAUGGAAGAUCUUUUGAUAUACAAGGCCUCAAAAACUGUAUGAGAAGAGGAUAUUCCUACCUUGAAGGUGUUGAAGGAUUACUGCAUUCUUUGAAAGAAAAUGGCUAUGAAAUCCAUGCUUUCACAAAUUAUCCCAUCUGGUUCCAAAUGAUUGAGGACGAGCUAAAACUCUCGAAUUACCUAUCUUGGACAUUUUGUUCCUGCGUAUUUGGAAAACGGAAACCUGAUCCUGAUUUUUAUUUAGAAGUUGUAAAGCAUCUCAAUGUAGAAGCUUCCAACUGUAUUUUUGUUGAUGACAGGAUGAAAAACGUUGAAGCUGCAAUUGAACUAGGACUUAAAGGUCUUCAAUUCAAGAAUGCAGAUUUGUUGCGGAAGGACUUGUCUCUCCUUGGUGUCGAUUUAUCAACAAGCGAAAGUCAAGAUCUGACUGAAUGUUCAUCAUAAGGAUUUGUUGUGAAUUCAUGAUAGUUCUGUUUGUUAAAGGAUCCAGAUGAUUUUUCAACAUUUUGUCUUCAGAAAUCAGUCCUCAAAGCAACAGAUUUUAGCAUUAUGUUAGAGUUUUAGUUCAUAAAUGAAAAACCACUCUUUCCUCUCUCUAUGGAGUGAAAGGAAAGCAUUAUUUUGUAACUAGAAGUGUACAAGGCAUAGAUGUUUUCCUCCUCGUUUCU